AAACGUUUUAAUUGUUCCUAAAAAAAGUAUUAAUAUAUAUUUUUCUGGUGAUAUUAUGUUCCACCACUUUUUCUGUUUUUCUUUUUCUUUGCUGUAUCCGAAGAGUCUACAGCUUUUCUUUCUCUCCCCCAAUCUCUCGUUUUUACCCUAAAAACACUCAGAUGUUCAUUUCCUACAUAAACCCUCUACACUUUCUCUCUCUUCCUUCACUAUUAUCCCCUUCUUCACUCUCUUUCUCUCUCCUUAAAAUCUCUCUGAUACACCAAAGUUUUAAUCUUUAUGGCCGCCAUUGUUGUUCUCUGAUGAAACUCAAUCUGGGUUUUUAAAUAAAGUGUUUCCAUUACAAAUGGCUGAGAUUUAUGACCUUGAAUCUUCUUCACCACUUCUCUGUGAUGAAAGUAAAGAUUUCUGCUUUGAUGAUCUUGAUGAUGGUGUUGAUGUUCUUGUUGGUGGGUCCAUUGAUGACGAUCAUUAUGAUUCUAAAAACCCAGAAAAUCACUCAUUUCUUAAAUCACAGCCGUUGAUUCUUUUUCCUGAACAAAGUGAAGAGAUUUUUGUUUCCAUGGUGGAGAGAGAAAAUGAGUAUUUACCCAAAAAAGAUUACCUUCAAAGAUUGCGAUGUGGGGAAUUAGACUUGGGUGCUCGUGGGGAGGCUUUUGAUUGGAUUUUUAAGGCUCAUUCUUACUAUAGUUUUGGACAAUUGAGUUUCUGCUUAGCUGUGAAUUUUUUGGACCGAUUCUUAUCAUUCAGGGAAUUACCAAGUGAUAAAGCCUGGGCAGUGCAAUUACUUGCUGUGGCCUGUUUAUCAAUUGCAGCCAAAUUAGAUGAGACUAGUGUGCCUCAAUCAGUUGAAUUUCAGGUGGGAGAUCCUAAGUUUGUGUUUGAAGCCAAAACAAUACAAAGAAUGGAGCUUUUAGUGUUGGACACUUUGAAUUGGAAAAUGAGUGCUGUAACACCUUGUUCUUUUUUAGAUUAUUCACUCAAAAAAUUGUGUGAUGCUCAUUAUGAUAACAAUUAUCUCUAUUCCUCCAGUAACGUUGUGAAUAGAUCAAUGCAACUCAUUUCAUGCAUAAUUAGAGGUAUUGACUUCUUGGAAUUUAGACCAUCAGAAAUUGCUGCAGCAGUAGCUAUGUCUGUUACAGCUGAAAUCCAAGCUGUGGAUAUUGACAAGGCAUGUUCUUGUUUCAUUCAUUUGGAGAAGGGUAGGGUUUUGAAGUGUGUGGAAAUGAUCAAGGAAAUAUCAGUGAUAAACAGAAGUGGGAGUAGUAUGGGGGUACCUCAGAGUCCAAUUGGGGUAUUGGAAGUAGGAUGUCUUAGUUAUAAAAGUGAUGAAUUAACAACAGUUGUUGUUGGGUCAUGUGCAAAUUCCUCUCAAACUAGUACUACUACUACUACUAUUACUACAAGAUCUGGAACUAAAAGGAAAAAACUAGAGACAACAUCAUCUGGGUUGGACUCCUAAUCAAUAAUCAUCAAUCAUAUGAUAUGAGAAUUGAGAGAGUGUUUUGAAGAUUUUUUUUGCAUUUAUGACAAAUUUUUUUGUUUAUGCAUCAUCAGUUUUGGUUGAAUGGGAGCUUUGGUGUGGUCCUCUAGAGGUGUGGCCCCCAAAAUAAAACUCAGAUACAAAUGCCCUUCUACAAUCCACACACAUAAAAUGAGAAACAGAGUAGAGAGAGAAAGAUACAGAGUAGAGAGAGAAAGAGAUGAGGUCUUAAUGAGGUGAAUUGGAGUUGGAACAGAACAGAGAAAUGAAGGGGUUUCAUGCAAGAGACAUGAUGAUGAUGAUGAUAUGGGUGUUAAUAAUUAUUACUACUACUACUACAAGUCUACAACAAACAAAUGCAUUUACAACUAGCUGUUUUGGAAGAAAGGGAUGUGGUGAUUAUGAUCAUUUUAAUGGCUACACAAAUUUUAUAUUUUUGGAAAUACAAGAUGUUAUGUUAUGUUUGUGGUAGAGAUCUCACUAUGAGGGAUGAUGGGGAAGGUGGAAGAAGAUUUUGAGAUGGGAUUUCUUUUAAAAAUCUUUUAUUACCUUUAUUUUGGGGGUUUAUGAGGGCAUGCUUUCAAGAUAAAGCAUAGUUGAUAUCAAUUAGUAUCUUUUGGAAAGAAGUAGAAAGAAAGACAAAAACAAUGAACCAAGAGUGGAAGUGCCUUUGUAUUGGUAUAUAAUCAUAGUCAAUAGCUCUAAAAAUAUUGAUAGAGUUAGUAGUCAUUGUUGUUAAAAUUUUAGAUUAUCCUUUUCAAAUUUUCUCCAUUUCUUCCUAUCAUUUCACUCUUUAAUGGUGAGCCCUAGUCAAAUGUAAUGAUGUAUAAGUAUACUCCAAGUUUUUUCCCCUUUCAUUAAAUGGGGUGGAGCGGACAUUGGAUCAAUUUUAAGUGCAUUAUUCAUUA